AUGAUGGUAAUGACGUUUCGACUGGUGUUCAUACUCAUAUUGCUUGUCGCUGUUUGCCACUGCCGAUCCGAACCGUCCGUUGCCAGCAACAAAACGUCCAGUGGAGAAAAGUCGUUCCUCUCCCAAGUUGCCGGAGCACUGAUCGACACAUUCUUUCCAAAGAUGAAAAUGAAGUCAACAAGAUCCACGCAGUUCAACCCGCGGAAUUUGAAUAUGCAGUACGAGGUUGCGGACCCGCAAGGCGGGAAGUUGUCGAUGGCCACGCAAGGACAGUGGCCUUACGCCAACAGCUUCUCCGCGGUCAACGAUCCGAACGGUUUUUUUCCGGUGCACCCGGUGCACGGUGCUCAGCCGAACUGGGCUCCUCAGGGUCAUCAGCCGACGGUCAACGCAGGAGGUUGGUUCGUUUUUGGAGGCACGGCGUGGUUUCUACACCGGUUUUUAGGUUUACAACUCGGCCUUCAGCAAUCGCAACAACCGGCGUUUCGUGACAUGUCAUCGUUAUAUCAUAUACCAAGAAUGCCCAGCCAAGGUUUUCAGGCAAAUAAAGCUGAUCAACGAGCCAUGUCCCCCGAGGGACAAUAUCGGACAGUGGAAAACUUUCAGCAGCAGAGAAAUGACAACCGUAGCAAAAUUCCAAGAACUUUCACGCCUUACAUCUCCAUUUCAGGUAGAUCAAAAGAGACGGAAGAACCGGUAAUGGACCAGUUCAGAACCAUGGAUUUGAGCUUAAAAAAUCGGACACUACAAGAUAGUAUUUUGCAGUCGCCACAAGCCGCUGAGGAGUUUAUGAAGCAACUGCUGAAGCAGCAAGAAAACAACGUCCUUCCGCUGGCUCAUAAAAGCAUCCCGCUUAAAACACUUGCUUACGAGGCAUCUUACAACUGCCCACAGUGCAUUAUUCAUGCGCCAAGAAAGUUGAUAGGACCUUGGACUCAGGUGAAGAGUUUACUAGAAUAA